AUGAAGUCCCAACUUCGAACCAAAAUAAAAGAGCACAUUGAUUAUUUGGCCAAGGACUGGCCAUUCCGAAGCAUAGACAUCCAUGACAACAACCCUUAUUGGUGGACCAGUGUCCAGACCUGGGACCUCGAAUAUCAGCCGCUUAAAGUGGGUUGUUUGUCACAUAAUUCUAGCCUUGCUCUACCCGACAGUGAGUCGGACAAAGAGGGUGCUAUCACAGACAGUGCGGUAUUCCCUAUCAAAUAUGCCCCUGAUCAUCUCGGGAGCUUCAGCGUCGUGGGGAGAUUUUCUGGACAAUCUGCACACAGCAGUAUGUGUCAUAUCGGGCAAUUGAGGAAAAAAGUUUCCAGACCGUGGUAUGUGUUUAUUGUCAGCCUGCAAUGA